AUGUUGCAAUUGCGCGUAGAUGGACCGUCAAACCAAAAGGGAGCUGGAGCAGGUGUCGUCAUCACCACCCUGGAUGGAACCCUAUUGGAGCAAGCUAUCACGCUUGGUUUCCCGGCCUCGAACAACGAGGCAGAAUAUGAGGCAUUACUCAUCGGCCUGUGCUUGGCAAAGGAACUUGCAAUCAACAAGCUAGCUAUCUACUCAGAUUCCCAGUUGAUCACGAAUCAAGCCUUAGGUGAAUACAUGGCGAAGCACCCAAGGAUGAUCUCGUACCUUGACAAAGUCCAAGAGCUAUUGAAGGCGUUUCCUACCUUCACCAUCCAACAAGUACCCCGGGCAGAGAACGCUCAUGUAGAUACACUGGCAAGCCUAGGCUCAGCGCUGGAUACCCAGUUCAUACGCUCCAUCCCGGUCGAACACCUUGACCGACCAAGCAUUGAAGAAAUAGGGCCGACCGACACAAUGCAGAUUGACGAGGACCCCAGCUGGCAAGACCCCAUCAUUGACUACUUGGUGAAUGGAAACCUGCCAAUGAACAAGUCUGAAGCUAGAAAGGUCCAGCAGAAGGCCGCGAGAUACUACAUGCACGGCAACAAACUCAUCCACAUAUCACACUCCAGCCCUCAUCCCACCUGCACAGAGUACCCUCAAACACUUGAGUUCCCUUGCAAAAUUCACGACGCCGAGUGUGGCAACCACUCUGGGGGCAUGUCACUUGCCCAGAAGGCUCUAAACAUAGGCUACUUCUGGCCUACCAUGUACCACGACUCCGCUGAAUAUGUCAAGAAGUGUGAUCGUUGCCAGCGAUACAAGCCAAUCCCUAAUCUGCCUGCCAAAAUUUACCAUCCGCAAAACAGUCCAUGGCCAUUCAUGCAAUGGGUCAUUGACCAAGUGGGUCCCUUGCCGUCGGCGCCCGCCAAGAAGGACAUGAUAAUUGUCGCCACCGACUACUUUACUAAAUGGAUCGAGGCCGAAGCUCUAUCCUCUACUAAAGAAGUCGAUGUGGAACGAUUCAUCUGGAGAAACAUCAUCUGUUGGUUUAGCUGCCCACAGUCACUGGUUACCAACAAUGGCUCACAGUUCAUUGGCAAGGAAAUCACCGCAAAAAAGUUGCCCAUAAGAAGCUUCCUAAGGAGGACGCAGGGCGACGACCAGAAGCAUCCUUUGGGAGACGCAGCCCGCUAA